UAAUAAAACAUUAAGUUAAUUAGCGUACCAAAUUUUUGACUGAUUUAUAUUUAAAACAUUUUAAUAACACUUGCUGCUACACAAAAGUGAUGCUAUGAAAGCAACGAGUCUUAUUUAUGAAAAAGUACUGUUUUUAUUCCAAUAAUCAUGGAGGAAAUAAAUCCGUUGUUUUUGGAUUCAGAUUGUAUGGUUUCUUUGAAACGGCCUACAAAUGAAUCGCAAGGGAAUGACAAUGUGACGGAGUCGCAAUCAAACGAAUCCAUCAACAAAAACCAAUUGGAGACCAGCGACAAAUCGAAAAAGGAUCGUAUUAAAUGUCCUGAAUGCAAUCGUUAUACGGCGGAGAACAACGAACAACUGACACGGCACAUACGCAAGCAGCACAGGGGCGAGAACCCAUAUCAAUGCUACAUGUGCGACUACAGCACAUACAACAGUGUCGUAUUCGAGGAACACAUCAGGAUACACAAAGGAAUUAAACCGUUCACAUGCAAAUACUGCCCCCACAGCAGCGCCUCAAAGAGAAACCUCCAAAAGCAUGAACUGAUCCACCGUCCGGACAAUCCGUUGAAAUGCCACAAAUGCCACUACAUAGCGAGGCACCAGAAAGGACUGGACUGGCAUUCGAGGAAGUUCCAUGAUAAGAACGAUGACGAUAAAUGCCAAUACUGUAACAAAGUAUUCACAAGCGCCAGCGGUCUGGCCAAACAUCUGUCGGUGACGAAGAAGUGUGAUGAAUGUGAUUAUGUCAGCUGUUCUAAACAUUUGAUUGAUUUACACGGUGUUAAAAAACAUGGCUGGCUUAAAAUUGACAAAGCGAAGAAGCCGAAUGGCUUUGAAUGUGCCGAAUGCUCCUGGUCAUCGAGCAGCAAGCUGAAGAUCAUGCUGCACCUCGUCCAUCAUCCCAACCAGACGGUCAACGAGAGCUUUCUGGACGUCUCCAUAUUAAGGAAGUACGGGAUCAUGGAAUAGCUAUUGGUCUAAUAAAUGAUGUGCUGUCUGUG